GCAGUUCAUGCAAGGCAUCAGAGGGUCGCAGUUAUGAUGGCGGUGAGGGGUUUAGUGUUGUUCAGGUGGGCUUCAGAGGACUUUAUUCACACACACUCUCUGAGGAGCAGAUUCAGGUUCCAGACACAGCAGAGAUGUGGCUUCCGCAAGAAGGUGGAGCCAAAAAAGGUUGAAGAGGUGGAGCCAAAGGAAAUACUGCAGAAGAAGGCCGUGGCUCCAGCACCAGACCCGCCCACUCCUCACAGGCCCACCAGGUCAUUCGGCAGACUGGUCAAACCAUUCAUCUUCACCGUAGGGUUUACAGGUUGUUCGUUCGGCGGAGCAGCGAUAUGGCAGUAUGAGAGUUUAAAAUCUCGUGUACAGAGCUACUUUAAUGAUGUCAAAGCAGACUGGCUGGACAAAGUUCGACCACAGAAACAUGGAGAUUUACGCAAACAGGUGAAUCAGUGGUGGAACAGUUUAAGUGAAGGGCAGAAAACAGUCACAGGCAUCAUUGCAGUGAAUGCAUUUGUGUUUUGUUGUUGGCGGGUUCCCUCUCUGCAGCACUUGAUGGUGAAGUACUUCACAUCAAACCCUUCCUCAAAGGCACUGUGCUGGCCGAUGCUGCUGUCUACAUUCAGUCACUAUUCUCUCUUCCAUUUGUCCGCCAACAUGUACGUGUUGUGGAGUUUCUCCUCCAGCAUCAUCAACAUGAUGGGCAAAGAGCAGUUCAUGGCUCUCUACCUCUCUGCAGGUGUGAUCUCCACAUUUGUCAGUUAUGUCAGUAAAACAGCGAUGGGUCGGUUGGGUCCAUCAUUAGGAGCGUCAGGGGCCAUCAUGGCGGUUCUAGCGGCGGUUUGCACAAAAAUGCCUGAAGCCAAACUGGCCAUUAUCUUCCUCCCGAUGUACACCUUCACCGCCGGAAACGCUCUCAAAGCCAUCGUCGCCUUGGACACAGCAGGUUUGAUUCUGGGAUGGCGUUUUUUUGAUCACGCCGCUCAUUUAGGCGGAGCUUUAUUUGGCAUCUGGUACAUAAUAUAUGGGCAUGAGCUCAUCUGGAAGAACCGAGAGCCACUGGUGAAACUGUGGCAUGACUUCAGAUCACGAGGACCAGGAGGUGGCAGCAACGGCUCUAUUUAGAGCAGUGCAUGAUGGGAAGAAACUGAGCAGGUGACCUGAUGAGAUGAAUAGGACACACAGAUAUUCCUGCACUUAUGUUCAGUGUGUUUGAGGGAUGUGUGUUUUCACUAUCGCUGUGGUGUCAUGAUGCCCCACCCCUGAGUUUAAAUGAGAACAAAACGAGCUCCACCCAUCAAGGUUAAAUUUGAAUUCUGUGAGCUCCACACACUAACAUUAAAUUUAAAUAAAAUGAGCUCCACCCCCUAUUUUAAAUUUUAAUUAAAUGAGCUCCACCCACCAAGGUUAAAUUUAAAUCAAAUGAGCUCUGCCAAUCCCAAGGUAAAUUUAUAUAAAAUGAGCUCCGCCCACCAAGGUUAAAUUUAAAUCAAAUGAGCUCUGCCAAUCCCAAGGUAAAUUUAUAUAAAAUGAGCUCCGCCCACCAAGGGAAAAUUUGAAUAAAGUCAGCUCUGUCCCUAAUUUAAAUUUGAAUGAUCUGAACUCCACCCCAAAGUUAAAUUUAAAUCAAAUAAGUUCCACCCCCAAGGUUAAAUUUGAAUCAGAUGAGCUCCACCCACCAAGUUUAAACAAAUAAGCUCUCCCCACCAAGGUUAAAUAUGAAUAAAAUUAGCUCCGCCUCCAAUGUUAAAUUCGAAUAAAAUGAACUCCACCUCAAAGGUUACAUUUAAAUUAAAUAAGCUCCACCCCUACAAUUAAAUUUGAAUCAAAUGAGCUCCACCCCCAGUUUAAAUUUGAUUAAUAAUGUCUUUGCCCCCAAGUUUAAAUUUAAACUCCCCUGAGGUUAAAUUGGAAUAAAUUGAGCUCCAUCCACCAAGUUUAAAUCUGAAUAAAGUGAGUUCUACUCACCGAUUUUAGAUUUGAACAAAAUGAGCUCCUCCCACCAAGGUUAAGCAAAUGAGCUCCUCCCACCAAGGUUAAGCAAAUGAGCUCCGCCCACCAGGGUUAAAUUUGAAUAAAACGAACUCCACCUCCAAGGUUACAUUUAAAUUUAAUAAGCUCCACCCCCACAUUUAAAUUUGAAUCAGAUGAGCUCCACCCCCAGUGUAAAUUUGAUUAAUAAUGACUUUGCCCCCAAGUUUAAAUUUGAAUAAAAUAAGUUUCAGCCCCAAAGCUUAAUUUGAACCCAGUGAGCUCCACCCAUCAAGUUUAAAAUUGAAUAAUAUUAUCUCCGCCCCUUUGUUUAAAUUUGAAUAAAAUGAGCCCUACCCCAGGUUUAAAUUUAAAUUAAAUAAGGUCCAAUACCUAGGGUUAAAUUUGAAUUAAAUGAGCUCCACCCCCAAGGCUUAAUUUGAAUCCAGUGAGCUCCACCCCUGAGGUUAAAUUUAUAUAAAUUGAGCUCCACCCACCAAGUUUACAUUUGAAUAAAGUAAGUUCUACUCACUGAUUUUAAAUGUGAACAAAAUGAGCUCCACCCCCAAGGCUUAAUUUGAAUCCAGUGAACUCCACCUCCAGGGUUAAAUUUAAAUAAAUUUAGCUUCACCUCCAAGGUUAAAUUUAAAUCAAAUAAGCUCCACCCCCACAUUUAAAUUUUAAUCAAAUGAGCUUCGCCCCCAGUUUAAAUUUGAUUAAAAUAAGUUCCACUCUUAAGGUUAACUUCAAACAUAUUAGCUCCACCCAUCAAGUUUAAAUUUGAAUAAAAUUAUCUCCGCCUCCCUAGUUUAAAUUUUAAUAAAAUUAAUCCCACCCUCAAGGUUAAAUUGAAAUAAAAUGAGCUCCACCUCUUAGGUUAAAUUUAAAUAUGAGCUCCACCCACGAAGUGUAAAUUUGAUACAAAUAAGCUCCACCCACCAAAUUUUAAUUUGAAUAAAGUGAGUUCUUCCCACAAAGUUUAAAUGUAAACAAAAUCAGCUCCACCCCCAAGGCUAAAUUUAAAUCCAGUGAGCUCCACCCCUAAGAUUUAAAUUUAAUCAAAUUAUCUCCACCCACCACGGUUAGACUUGCAUCAAGUGAGCUCCGCCCACCAACUUUAAAUUUGAAUAAAAUGAGCUCCUCUCCCAAGGUUAAAUUUAAAUAAAAUGAGCUCCACCCACCAAAUUUAAAUUUAAAUUAAGUCAGUUUUGCCCACCAAGGAUUAUUUUGAAUAAAAUGAGCUCCACCCCCAAGGUUAAAUUCGAAUCCAGUGGGUUUAAAUUUGAACAAAAUGAGCUCCACCCCCCAAGGUUAAAUUUAAAUCCAGUAAGCUCCAGCCACUUGGCAAAAAAUGCAAAUGUAGUUAAGAGGCGGGGCUUCGACUCCCACUACAGCGACUGCCGUACAUCUCAAUGAACACGAAACGACAACAUGUACAGAAUGUUUAUGUUUAAUAUAGUCUGUAAUUGUCAUUCAAAAAUAAAAUGAUUAUUUAAAGUUGUCUAAUCAGAAACGA